GCCUUAAUGAUAGUGAAGUGUUGGACCAGGCAAAAGCAGCCGAGCACCGAUUUUCUCCAUAACACUUAUGUGUUUAUAUUUUUAUACUUUGUGAGCAGGAAAACAACAACCAUUGAAGCAUAUGAAGGCCUAUAGAUAAUUAAAAGAAUGUAUGCUGUUGUUCGAUGCUUUAAAGAGGAUAUUUGCUACGCGUUGUCGGUUUCCAACAUUGAAGAUUUCAGGCCGGAGCACCGAUCAGACUUUGACGAUGAGAAAGUCUAUCUGGUUCACUCAAGUCAACACAAUGGCAGCACAGGCCAGCCGUGUCAAGCUCACAUCCUCGCCCUUGCAGAUACUGUAGAGGAGUUGGAAGACUUUAUAAUGCAAAAGAAGAUGAAAAUUCCCAAGAUGUCCAUCAAGAGUUCAGGAAAUUCAGUUGCAAACAGUUUUGGAGAGGAGAGGAUGCCUCUCAGGCAUAAGAAGGCCCUAUCUCAGGACCACGGACGCCCCGUUUCCAACUCCUCCAAAAGUUUGGCGGCUGUCGUGGCUCGCCUGGAGAGAAAUGCAGCCAACUCAUGCAUGGAGGGUGAAGAGGAUCUGGAUGAAGACCGACUGGCCGAGGAGGGAGAUGAUGCGGACGAUGAAGAUGAAGACAUGGAAGCGGAGCAUCAUCGGCAACAACAACAACAGCAGCCGCAGCAGCAGCACUUGGGGGUAGACUCGGAUGUGGCGGCGGCGGUCGUUCCUCGCGUCCUGUACGAGGAGCUGGUCCUCAGCUACAGGCAGCAGGAGGAGGAGAUGCGGAGUCUGCAGCAGGACUUGGAGAGAACGCGUCGGCAGCUGGUGCAGCAGACCAAGAAGCUCAAAGAAUACGGCAGCUUGCUGACAGAGGUCAAAGAGCUGAGGGACUUCAAUCGAAGGCUGCAGGAUGUGCUUCUCAUGAGACUGGGCAGCGAGCCUAUGCAUGACAAUGGCACUCAGACAAUCAAAGCUGAGGUGGUGGAACCCAUUGUUGAGGCCCAGGAAACCUUCCGAGAAGAAGCCAACACCAGUUCCAGCUACUCACCUUCUCCCAGAACAGUCUACACCUGCAAUGAUGGCAAGGUACACCUCGGUGGCGGGAUCUGGGUGGAGGAGGAGAAGUGGCACCAGCUUCAGCGUACCCAGGGAGACUCCAAGUUCACAAAGAACCUAGCUGUCAUGAUCUGGGGCACAGAAACCCUGAAAAACCGUAGCGUCACCGGAGUGGCUACCAAAAAGAAAAAAGACGCCCUUCCCAAACCUCCGCUCUCGCCGAGCAAGCUAAAAAUCGUCAGAGAGUGUCUCUAUGACCGAGUGUCCCAAGAGACUGCCGACAGUGCAGAGAUUACGCAGAGAUUGUCCAAAGUGAACAAAUACAUUUGCGAGAAGAUCAUGGAUAUCAACAAAUCCAUUAAGAACGAGGAGCGCCGGGAAUCCAAGCUGCUCAUCAGACAGACAGUCAAGAUGGAGAACUUCAACUACGACGGCAUAUAAAAAAAAAAAAAAAAAAAAAUGUCACAGCCGUCCCCUCCCCAUGCGAGAAUGCGGGAUGGGGGCUUUAUUGUGCUGCUUCGAGAUCCUUGCGGUCUCUGCAGCACUGCCACUUGGAUCGGUUUUUGACGUGAAACACAAAAAGGCCCCCUUUAAAAGCCAGCACCUUCGUCCAGCUUGCCCAUGAAGGUCCAGACAGCUUUACCCACCAUCCGGAUGCUAAACACGUGCAAAAUAAUGGAACUAAGUGUGAGUGUUUUGUUUUAAAUAAGCUUUACGGGAUGAGUACACGGAUAUAGUGUACAGUAUUGAAAGAGACUGUAAAAAGUCAUCUAUUGUUCUGUGUCAGAACAUCAUUUUGGGUCUUCUGAGCUUUUAAAAAGUGCAAGAUGACCCCCCCCCCCCCCCCCGCCAAGAAAAAGUCUUCAGAUGCUGUAAAGGUGUGUGUUAGAAGUUGCACAGUUGGAUGUGUUGUGAUGCGCUUGGUACAGAACGGAAGAGUUGACCGCGAAUAAUUAGUCUUAAUUAAGUUACAUGUUGUGGCGAAGGAGACCGUUGCUGCAGGAUGAUUGUUGUGGUCACGACGUCAACGCAGCAUUUUAUACAAGCUGUGGUUGUGAGAGUUGAGUAGGAUUCGUGCGAAACUGUACUUGAACUGAUGUGUUUAAGGGUUACACUGAAGUCUUUUAUGAUCAGAAAAUGCCCUAAAAAAAUAUGGAGAUGAAUUUGGAUGAUAUGCAGUUGAACCUCCAAAGUCAAACACCCGUGAGAGUGGCUGACUUCCAACCUAAAGCUUGAGUUCAUCAAUUGAGUCAUCGGUUAGGCUAGGGGUCGGCAACCCGCCUCCUUGUUGCGGACCCACGCCAAACUUUUUUUUUUAACACUAGAGUAGAGGAAAAUGUCCGACUCGCCACCAGUGAAGGAGGAGGCAAAAUACUAGUAAAGGUUGCCGACACCUGGGUUCGACUGACGGAGCACAUCGGUAUGAACCAAACAGAAUUGAGCUGAUUUAGAGGAAAUUUACAUUUUUUAAUUAAAAACAAAUGAAUUGAAUACAGCGGCACGAUGGUCGAGUGGUUAGCGCGCAGACCUCACAGCUCGGAGACGAGGUUUCAAUUCCAGCCUCGGCCAUCUCUGUGUGGAGUUUGCAUGUUCUCCCCGUGCAUGCGUGGGUUUUUUUCCGGGUACUCCGGUUUCCUCCCACAGUCCAAAAACAUGCUAGGUUAAUUAGCAACUCCAAAUUGUCCAUAGGUAUGAAUGUGAGUGUGAAUGGUUGUUUGUCUAUAUGUGCCCUGUGAUUGGCUGGCCACCAGUCCAGGGUGUACCUGGACCUGGAUCUGGGUGUAUCUCGCCUGAAGACCCCGCGACCCUCGUGAGGAAAAAGCAGUAGAAAAUGAAUGAAUGAAUGAAUUUAAUACCAAAAUAACUGUCAAUUAAUUAGAGAUCGAUUAAUCAUCUGUUCAUGUGAAUCCAUGACCCCUAAGUAUUUAUUAGCAUUGAAUAAUCUUUGCCCUUAAUAAUGGUUGUGACAUGUUCAUUUCCACUUCCAUGGUGAUGGCUUUCCUUUUCACUUUUCAUACACAUUUUUUAAGAUGUGUAGCAAAGCCUGUUUUUUUUUUUUAACAUUUUUACAAAGUAAUGGUAAUGGUUUAAUUUCAUUUGAACAUGCAUCAGAUUACAAUUGAGUGCAUCCCAUAAUCAGUUCCCAGUUCCACAUGUCCAAAAGGAGUAGGAAGAAGCAAAGCUUAUUAAAUCCUACCCCUCCAUCUGGUACUUUUACAAUCAGUAACUGUUACAUUAGUUCACUUCCUGCUUUCCUAAUAUAGUUUUAAGGUUUUUUUUUGUUGUUUUUUUUUUGGUCAAAUCAGUUCCCAGUUCCACAUGUCUAAAAGGAGUAGGAAGAAGCAAAGCUUAUUAAAUCCUACCCCUCCAUCUGGUACUUUUACAAUCAUUAACUGUUACAUUUGUUCACUUCCUGCUUUCCUAAUAUAGUUUUAAGGUUUUUUUGGUUGUUUUUUUUUUUGGGUCAAAUCAGUUCCCAGUUCCACAUGUCUAAAAGGAGUAGGAAGAAGCAAAGCUUAUUAAAUCCUACCCCUCCAUCUGGUACUUUUACAAUCAUUAACUGUUACAUUUGUUCACUUCCUGCUUUCCCUAAUACAGUUUAAGUUUUUUUUUGUUUUUUUUUUUACUGAUCCUUGAUGACUUUGUUUGACUUUGGAAUCAGAUUUGUUCACAAAAUGUUCAUUUUUGGGGUGGUUGACUUUGGAGGUUCUACUCAAUUAGGUGUCAUGUCCGCCUUGUGAUCUAAAUGUCCUACUAAUUUCCUUACUUUAGAAGGCAUAGAGAGAUGAACGGCCAAAUGCUAUGUUGCUAUUAUACAUUCGUACAUUGACAGCACAUGGAAACAUGGCGGUGUGUGUGCAUGUGUGAGUCUUGACUGUUGAACAGGCCUUAAAUGGAUUUGGCAAUCACCAGGGCCCCGGUUAUGGCCUUGGGUUUUCUAGCGAGCUGUGAUUGUAGUCGAAGCUGAAGUCCAGAGACUUCGCUUGCACUUUGCUGUGAGAAUGUCGGGCUGGCUUUAGGUACUGUUAUUUGUGUGUGCACGCCGUUAAAGUCAUCCCGACUGCGGAGAAUUGUGGGGGAGGGGGCGAAGCUCAGGCCUCCUCCUUGCGGAAGGUGUGGGUAAAGCUGUCUGAAGUGAUGCUGGGGUAUAUAUAGUAUAUAUAUCCCGAACCCCAAAGUAACCCUCUAUGGCCACCUUAAGGGGGCGUCCUUUUCUUCAUUUGGCUGUGUUGUUUUGUCUCCAAAUGGAAAUUGUGUGACCCAAAAGAGGCAAAACUGUGAAUCAAUCCGCUGCAGAGCUGCCUAGCAAGCAUUUGCUCCUCUUCACACGUUUACUUUUUAUCCUUACUUUCUAUGGGUCCUUAUUUUUACUGGUAUUUCCAACCUUGAGUUCAGCCUUUUAUUAUGUACAUAAAAAAAUGUCUUAUUUUUCAUUUGUUUUCAAUGUUCGGACAAUCUGGAAUUGAUGUUGUUAUUCUUGUAUAUGGUUUCUCUUUAUCCAUAUGACGUGUUGGCUUUAAAAAAAAAAAAAAAAACUCUCCCGAGCCAAAGUGAUCAAUGCGGACGCCAAGCUGGAUCUCUUAUUAGAGCCCGUGAUGUUACAUUGGACAAGCCUGACUUGGAUUGUCGUCCAAGGUGACACAUGAUUACAUCAAAUGCACUUUAAUCUUAAAUUUGUGGUAAAUUUGAGGUGUUGCGCUUUUUUUUCUUUUUUUUUUUAAAGUUUGAAUACUAAAAUAUGGCCAAACAAUCAUUGUAUUAACAUGAUGCACCUUAAUGUAUCUUUGUGAGUGGUUGGACUAAGUCAUGUGAUGGCAUGAAACUGCAGAGCAGUAUGCUUGGUAUGAUUUCUUAUCGGAAAUGCUCCAAUUAUCAAGCAAUUACUCCCAAAAUAUUUUUGGCUUUUUUCUUGUAUUUUCUAUUCCUUUUAUUUAUUAUUAUUUUAAAAAAUAAUUAUUAAAUAAAGUAUGUAUUAUUAAUAAAUAAUUUAUAUUAUUAAUCAUUAAAAUUAUGAGUAUUUUAAAUAAAUUAUUUAUUAAUUUAUUUAAAUUAAUUAUUUUAAAUACAUAAAUUUAUUUUAAAUUUAUUUAUAAUGUAUUUAAUAAAUUUAUAAAUAAAUGUUAUAAAUAAAUACAUUUAUUUAAAAUUUGUUUAUUUACAAAAAAAUAUUUUAAAUAUGACUUUUUGUCAAAAAAUAUUUCUUUAAUAUUUCAACUUUAUGCUAUGAAAAAUGAUAAUUUUUUUAAAGUCACUACAAUAUUACAUAUUACAAAUCAAUAUGUACCAAACGGGGGAUUAUUUUCAUGUUAAAAACAAAAUCACAUUUGAAAUUGAAUAUGAUAUAAUUAAUACAAAUUAAUUGUAUAAUUGAUUAAUCAUUGAUUAAUAGUUGCAGUUAGUGCCAAUGCUUUUUAUGAGAGUCAUUGGUUUAUGUAGUUUAAUUGGGGCAUUUCCGGUACUGAAAUAUUACGGAGUGGUUUAAAAAUAAUAUUAUAAUAUAAUAAUUGUUUUUUUUAUGGUCAAUAUGAGCCAAUGUGUUCAUGCCAUAUGAACUGCGUGCUGAUUGGUCCAUUAGAGUGGUUUGCACACGGCAAAAAAAAAAAAAAGUGACCCAAUAUAACGAAACUGGUAUUAUUAUUUAGGGUUUCUAAUUUCUGCGAGCUUUUACGAACGCUCGCAAACAUGCGGUCAUGUGUCAUGUGUGUGUUUUGUUGUUUGAUGCCAAAAGGGGGCGGGGUAAACAUAACGCUUUAAAAAAAAAAAAAAAAACGGAGAUCUAUUCCACCCUCUAACAUGUUACGUUUAAACGGUCAGACUUGUACACCGAGGUACUACGUAAUGUUUAAGUUGACGACUGUAUAUUGUUAGCGCUUUCACACUUACCGUAGCGUCGAAACCUCACCAGCUCUGAUCCACUUCCUGUUGCCACUGACCGGAAGAUCACACUGGAUCUUUUAAAAAGAACCGGACGUCGAUUGAAGAAAUGGGUUUUUUUUUUCGGUGUGUACAUAAAACGACGUUCCGAUGCUUAUAACCGGGGGGGGGGGAGACGUUCUUUGCUCUAUUUUUAUUAAGGUAUCAGUAACUUUGUAUACGAUCCACAAACCGGUUCUACUUCAUCUAACUCUCACCACCCUACCUCAUUGUUACUCUGGUGUGUGUUUGUCAGUGAACUAUGUGUGUGUAGUCAGAAAAAAAAACUAUAGUAAACCCGGUUACUCAACAUGUGUAUAUAAAAAAAAAAAACACUUAUAUAUCUUAUAAUAUCAAACACCUCAAUUCGCAGUAUCAUUGUUAGGAAACGAUGCGUUUACUGACCUGCUUCAUUCAGGAUGCUGCUGUGUUCUCUGCUAUUUGCUACGUGGUGCGGUCGGUGCGUGCUUUGCGUUGUUGCAGUUUGCAUUGCGUUGGGAGAUUUCUAGUGGUUGACGGUGCUAUACCAGCAAACAGUUCUAUACGGAUCUGUGUCUCGGACCUCAAACGGUGCUGUUUUUUCUAUGUUUUACGGGGGGAGUUAGGGGCGGGGGGGGGCUGGUUUUCUGCAGGCACGUCCUCCACUAGUCCCUCAUUUUGGUGGAAGAAACCAAACCCUUUUCCCAAAUGCUAGCUAUUAACUCUGGCUGUUACUGUGUACCGCGUAUGUGCUAUCCGCCCAAAUAAUGUUCAAGUUGUGAGUUUAUAAGUACCUCAGAAUUUUUUUUUUUUUUUUUGAAACGCCAAUUUUGCAAGUGUGUCUUUGAGCAAUGUUGAGGCUUGGUGCAGUGUGCACAAUGGCACCUUAUUAUGGGAUGUGUAUUGAUUGUUAUUGAGUUGUGAAAUAAUAGAAUCCAUUGACAGUCUCUUUUAUGUACUGUCCUGACCCGAAUAUAAGUAGCAUUUUUUUUGGAUGUACAGUAAUUCCUCAUCACUCUUAUCACCAUGCUACAGUAAAUCCUGACCAGAUGCCCGAACCACCUCAUCCGACUCCUUUCAAUGUGAACGGUUCAACUCCCGAGUUUCUCCCGGAUGACAGUACUUUGGACAGCCCAGUCACCUCAGUCGCUACCCAACGUCAUGACCAUAAGUGGGGGUAGGAUUCU